AUGGCUGACUUAAAGAGCUGUAAUGAAUGGAAACCUUUCAUUGCAAUGAUAACGAUUGAGUUUGCUUUUGCCAUUGUGAAUAUUCUUCUCAAGAAAGUCCUUGAUGAGGGGAUUAACCAUUUGGUCCUUAUCACAUACCGCCUUUCAAUUUCUGCUAUUUUCUUGGCUCCAAUUGGCUACUUCUGGGAAAGGGGUAGCAGACCGAAGCUCACAUUUCGCAUCUUAUGUUACCUGUUCCUCAGCGCGAUCGUCGGGGCAUCACUGACACAAUACUCCUUCCUUCUCGGCAUUCAAUAUACAUCUGCUACAUUUUCAUGUGCCUUCAUCAACAUGGUGCCUGUCAUUACAUUUAUAAUGGCACUCCCAUUCAAAAUGGAGAAUGUUCAUAUAAAAUCCAACAGCGGGAAAGCCAAAGUACUCGGUUCCCUGGUGUGUGUUGCAGGUGCCAUGCUGUUGACUCUUUACCGAGGAGCACCAUUGUUUAGCCACUCAGCAAAUCAAGCUGUAACUCGAGCCAUGGAUCAUGGUGUAAAGUUGAGCCAUGCCAAAAGGACCGAAAGAUGGACCUUUGGUUGUAUAGCUUUGCUUGUAGGAACCUUGUUGUGGUCUUCAUGGUUUGUACUUCAAUCACAUAUUGGCAGGAGAUUCCCCUGCCAAUAUUCUAGCACUGCCAUUAUGUCCUUCUUUGGUGCCAUUCAAUCAGCUAUUUUAUGCUUCUCCACUAAGAGGAGCCUCUCCAUAUGGGUUCUGAAGGGGAAAAUUGAAAUUAUAACUGCCCUGUAUGCUGGAAUGAUUGGAUCAGGCUUGUGCUAUGUUGGCAUGUCAUGGUGCGUUAAGAAAAGGGGUCCAGUCUUUACAGCAGCAUUCAGUCCCCUAGUACAGAUAAUGGCAGCCAUGCUUGAUGUCCCUAUCCUCCAUGAGGAACUCUAUCUUGGCAGUUUGCUGGGAUCCAUCUUUGUAAUCAUUGGCUUGUACGUUCUUCUUUGGGGUAAGAACAAAGAAAUGCAGAAUCAUGCGACGAGAGUAGCCCAAGAAGCUGAAGAGAUGAAGGAACAAGAACCACCUUUACCAGUCAUCACUGUCUCUUGUGAUUCAAGAUGUCCUUGA